CAUAUUGAUUGCGCGAAAGUGUUUCGGUUCGGCGGCAAAAGUAAUUAUUCAUUUUUAUUUUACGAUGCUUGACUGAAUACUUUCAAUGUAUUGUUUUUAACUAUCAGACUAAUUCCAUUUAUGCGCUAGUGAAGUUUUCCUCAGCCUCGAACAUUGGAAUAUGCGUGAAUCUUGAGUUUCAGGUCCACAGGUCUUCUAGGUUCCAUGACCCUUUAUCAUCUUUCCGAAGAUGUAUAUCAAGCAGGUCAUUAUCCAUGGUUUUAAAAGUUACAGAGAACAAACUGUUGUAGAACCAUUUGACAAGCAGCACAAUGUUGUUGUUGGUCGUAAUGGUUCUGGGAAGAGUAAUUUCUUCUACGCCAUCCAGUUUGUAUUGAGUGAUGAAUUCUCACAUCUUCAUCAUGAGCAAAGGCAGGCCCUACUUCAUGAGGGUACUGGGCCACGAGUUGUCACAGCCUACGUCGAGAUCAUAUUCGACAACUCAGAUAACCGGCUUCCGAUCGAGAAAAAUGAAAUCGUCCUUAGACGUGUAAUUGGUGCAAAGAAAGAUCAGUAUUUCUUGAACAAGAAACUAGUCACCCGAUCAGAUGUCGUGAACCUCCUCGAAUCGGCCGGAUUCUCCCGUUCCAACCCGUACUACAUAGUCAAGCAAGGAAAGAUCAAUCAAAUGGCCACUGCCCCUGAUUCUCAAAGGCUGAAACUACUCCAGGAAGUAGCUGGUACUCGAGUGUACGAUGAACGGAAGGAAGAAUCCAUGGGCAUUUUAAAAGAUUCGGAAGAUAAGAUAGAUAAAAUCAAGGAAUACCUACGGACCAUCGAUGAACGUCUCGGAACCUUAAAAGAUGAGAAAGAAGAACUGAAGGAGUAUCAGAAAUGGGAUAGGAUGAGACGGUCUCUUGAGUACUGUAUCCACGACAGAGAGCUAAAAGACACUAAAAGAAAGCUAGAUGAGUUGAUGGAGAAAGUCAACAAUUUUGAUGAAGAGCAGAAAAGACUUCAAGCAGAGGUCAAGGCAGCAAGUGAAGGUGCGAAAAAUGCGGCACGGAAGCUAAAAGAAGCCAAAAAAGAUGUUCAGCAAGCAAAAGAAGAUAGGGAUUCACUUUUAAUAGAGCAACAACAGCUACUCAAAGACAAAACAAAGUUAGAACUCACUAUUAAGGAUUUAUCAGACGAUGUGAAAGGUGAUAAUGAAUCCAGAGAUAGAGCAGAAAAAGAACUUGAGAAACUGAAGCAAACGAUAACGCAGAAAGAAGCAAUGCUUGAAGAAAUCAAGCCGCAGUAUGAAGCAAUGAAGAAGAAGGAGGAGGACUGCACCCGUGAGCUCGCGCUCAAAGAACAGAAACGGAAGGAGCUCUAUGCAAAGCAAGGUCGUGGAAGCCAGUUCACGUCUAAAGAAGACAGAGACAAGUGGAUUGAGAAAGAACUGAAAUCUCUGAAGAAGCAAAUCAAGGAUAAGAGUGAGCAUCGCGACCGGUUACAGGAAGAUCUUGAAAAAGAUGCAAAGAAAUACGCUGAGUUAGAGCAAAAAAUUGAGCAGCAAACAAUUGAAUUGGAACGACAACGAGUUUCAAUAGACGAGUAUAAUAAAAAACAGUAUGAAUUGAAGAAGCAGAAAGACCAGCAUCAAAGUGUGAGGAAUGAUCUUUGGAAGAAAGAAAGCGACCUGCAGAGCAGGAUCACGACUCUUAAAGAAGAGUUGGCGAAGGCAGAUCAAAACUUGAGGAGCAUGGUCGGUAAAGCAAUCUUGAACGGUCGUGACAGUGUAGGAAAAGUUCUGCGAACGAUGCGUGAAAGAGGUGGUAGAGAUGCUGAUAGAGCCAAUGGGUAUUAUGGCCAGGUUAUAGAGAAUUUCAAGUGUGAUACGACAAUUUACACUGCGGUUGAAGUCACUGCUGGGGCAAGGCUCUUUUUCCACAUAGUUGAAUCUGAUGAAGUCGGAACUGCAAUUCUAAGAGAAAUCAAUCGGCAGAAUUUGCCAGGAGAAGUCACUUUCAUGCCUAAAAAUCGAUUGGUUGUUAAGGACAUGAGGUAUCCUUCUUCUGACCAUGCAAUUCCGAUGGUCAGCAAGCUAACGUACGAUAGUCAGUUUGAUGUUGCUAUGAAAUAUAUCUUUGGUAAAACCCUCAUUUGCAGGAAUCUCGAACGAGCGACAGAAAUUUCCAAAGAGUACAUGCUUGACUGUAUCACAAUUGAUGGAGAUUCUGUCUCAUCAAAAGGUACCCUCACCGGUGGUUACUACAAAAGUAAUCGCUCAAAAUUAGAGAUGCAGAAAAAUCGUGCAGACUACAUCAAGCAAAUCAAAGAUCUCGAAAUAGAGUUGACUGAGCUCCGCGAUAAUCUCAAAAAGUGUGAGAAAGAUAUCAACUAUGCCGUUUCUGAAAUGCAAAAGAGUGAAACAAAGAACAGCAAGGCGAAGACCAACUUUGACGUCGUGAAAGGUGACAUCCGACUGAUGAAGGAAGAGCUGGCUGGAAUUGACCGUUACAAGGGACCAAAGGAAAGAUCAUUAGCACAGUGUAAAGCAAGUUUGGAAGCUAUGAUGUCCACGCAAGAAGGGCUGGAAUCGGAGCUCCAUCAAGAUCUUCUUUCUCAGCUCUCGGUCCAUGACCAAGUUGAAAUGGACAAACUGAAUGAUGAUAUCAGGCGUCUGACUCAGGAAAACAAAAACGCCUUCGCAUCACGUAUGAAGCUAGAGGCUGACAAAAACAAGUUGGAUAAUUUGCUCACAAAUAAUUUAAGACGGCGUCGAGAUGAGUUGAUGCAAGCAUUGCAAGAAAUCACGGUUGAAGAGCGGAAGCAAACUUUAGCCAAUAGUAAACUAGAGCUUAACGGAGUGGAGAGCCGCAUUGAACAGUUAAAUAAGGAACUUAAACUGGUUGAGAAGAAAGUUCAUGAAGCUGUAAAGAAGCAGAAAAUCGAGCAGGAAGAACUGGAAAACUGGCGAGGUAAGGAAAAAGAUGCGCAAGACAAGCUUGACUCCGACUCGCGUGACUUGUCAAAAGUAAACAACAAACAGGCAAUGUUGCGCACAAAAAUUGAAGAAUGUACGACCAAAAUCAAUGAGCUUGGAUCGUUACCGCAGAAAGAUAUGAUCGACAAGUAUAUGGCAUACACACAAAAGAAUUUGUUCAAAGAGCUAGAAAAAGCCAACAGCCAGUUGAAAAAGUACAGUCAUGUAAAUAAGAAAGCUUUGGACCAGUUUAUGAGCUUCUCCGAGCAAAAAGAAAAACUAGAGAAACGGAAGGAAGAAUUAGAUCGAGGUGAGGAGAAAAUCCGAGAGCUCAUGAAUGUUUUAGAACAGCGGAAGGUGGAUGCUAUCAACUUUACCUUCAAACAAGUAUCAAUGAACUUCUCUAGCAUUUUUAAGAAACUUGUUCCCAGCGGUCAUGCACAGUUGGUAAUGAAAUCUAGUGACGGCACGGAGCAAACAAGUCAGCAUGACUCACGGGAUGUAAAUAUUUACGAUUAUGCAGGAGUUAUGAUCCGCGUUUCUUUUGCUGGCGGUGGAGAGAUGAAGGAAAUGAAUCAGUUGUCCGGAGGUCAAAAAUCACUGGUCGCCCUUGCAUUGAUCUUCGCCAUCCAGAAAUGUGAUCCAGCUCCCUUUUAUCUCUUUGAUGAAAUUGAUCAAGCCUUAGACGCACAGCACAGGAAAGCGGUUGCCGAUAUGAUCCACGAAAUGUCCAAGGAAGCUCAAUUCAUCACAACUACUUUCCGGCCAGAAUUAUUGGCGCAUGCUAACAAGUUUUAUGGUGUUAAAUUUAGGAACAAAGUCAGUCACGUUGAGUGUGUUAGCCGUGAAGAUGCAUACGAUUUCAUUGAGGAUGAUACUACUCACGGUUAAUUCCAUUUUCAAUUCGUGGUUUAUGCAAAGAACUCUCAAGUUUGUGACAUUGUUUUUAUCUAAUUCUUCAGUUUUUACUGUAAAACCGACUAUAUCUCCUCUAUGUGUGCAGACAGAAGACUUAUGUUAAAAGUUGACUGAUUUUACGAAGUAAUAUCAAUUUUAAUUUUUAAAUUUCAGUAGUCUUAUCACUGGAAAGAAAAUAUGCAUACUUUUUUACACUCGAUGGUUGCUACUUGGCCUUACUGUCUUGGCUUACAUGAUUUGAAGCAUUUUUUCUACAUAAAUACUAUCAAAAUUCAUCUGACUGUGCCAAUAUAGCCCCUCAUAUAGGGUUGCAAGAAACCUGUAGUAGAAAGCAAGAUCAAGAAAUAUUUGAGACCUUGAAUUAGGAAAUCUCUCAAGUAACUCUGUCAAGAAUCGAAAACAUAAUAAACUCGUCCACCAGCGCAAUCAAUCCUCAGUUCCUCAUUCACCAAUGUUUGUGGGAUCAUCAGUGCUCUCCUAUCGCAGAAAUGCAUUGAUCUUCUCUCAGUUUAUUUCUCAAAAAAUUCAGUGAAGCCUCUUGAUAACCUCUUUUUUUCCUUCUUUUGUAUUUCGUAAAUAUCAGUCAUUAAUUGUGCCAAUAAGCCAAAGAAAUUGCUUGACCCAGAACAUAUAUUUCAUCUCAUCAAAAUUAAUCUCCAUCUCUGGCAGAGAAGUUGCAUAAAAUCAUUGAAAUAUUGAUGUUUAUUUCUUCAAGACCCUUAUUUGACCUUAUUUCCUUAUCUUGUUUGUUUUCUCUUUUCACUUUAAUUCACUUUUGUUUAUACUUACUUGGGAUGAUUCAUCUCCUCAAUUGCCUAUUUCUCUAAUUUUUUUUUGUGUCUAUUUGCUGAGCUUGGAAGAAAUCAGAAUAAUAAGGCUCUAAACAUUUAAAAGCACUCAGGAGUUAGUCGAAAUUCAGUUGUUGUAAUAUUUUUCUUCUUCUGUUGUAAUGCUAUUCUGAAUUUUUCACUGUUUUUCCUUAAGUUGUAUGGUUGCCAUUGGAUGCUGCAACUCGUCAAAUGCUGUCGCAUGUUUUUAACUUUUCAUUGUAUAGGUUUACUUUAUUUUACUUUUUUGAUGAUCCUCAUAAUUUUACUUUCUUAUAUUCUAGAGAGCACGCUCUGGAAAGGAGAUGUUUUACGAAGAAUCGGAAGAGAUCUGACCUCUCUUUAAGUUGGCAUAGUACAAAUUUUUUGGUCACCAAUGGACUAAUUUAGUGACAACGCCAUUAGGUAUUAAAUAUGUUCAAUGGUUCCACUCAGAACCAAUGACCUGUUUUGAUGUUGAUUGUUUUGCUGCACUUCUUGAGCAGGGCACAAUUCAACAACAAUAUAUCAAAUGACGUCACCACUAAAUCAGUCUGAAGAAAAGUAAUUGUUGGGUUAAUUAUAGAAUCUAGCAAAGAACUGUUAAACUCAAUUGACCUCAACCUGGAAAAUGUAGUUUUCGUUUCACCUUGAUUUGUGCAUAAGCUGAGUCUGUGAUUUAAAACAAUUUGCCUUUGAUCAUGUAAUUUCUCUCCAUCAUUUUUAAAUUUUGUUGUUUUUCUAACAUUGACCAUUAAUUUUUAUGAUUUGGCUGAUGCUUUUAAAAUAUCGAAUGGGUGAUCAAGAGUGGCUGAUAUUUGAUGUUGAGUCUUGGCAUAUUUAGAUUUUUCCACCAUGCAUGACUUAUCACUGCCACUCAUGAUAUACGUCAUGAAAGAUAUAUGUUUACCUACCCCAAGGAUGAGAGGACCAGGCAUCCCAUGUGCUACACCUGUCUCAAUUUAAAGAGUUCUUAUAAUAAUAACUAAAGACCUUGGUUUUUCACUGCGUCUAAAAAAAGUUUUCUUAUCCCUAACUGAAAGACAUAAACAGCCUUUCAAAAAAGUUAUAUUUUAAUUACAUGUUUUAAGGUGUGUGAUGCUUUUUGUAAGGAUGUGAUGAAUUUUAGUAACAAGGACAGAAUGUAGAUAUUUGGUGUACUUGGAAGCUUUGUCUAUGUAGGUGAAUCAAAUGCAAUUGCAUUUGGAGCUUUUUGAGAGGCUGAAAGUUCGCCUCAAGUUUAGCGGAAGUUUGCCUGCAUAGAUAAUGCAUUUUGCUUUUCAGGUUCGACUCGGAACACAUUUCCUUCUUGUAAUCUAGUUGUUUCCAUUUUAUAUAAAAACGUGUAAAUAUUUUAAAUAAAUGAAUUAUUGUAUGUAUUUUUUAGAAGA